CUCCCACGCCCCCGCCGCCCCGCGCGCCCACUCCGCCGGCCGCCCCGCCCGCCCCGCGCGCUCGCAGGACCCCCCGGGGCGGCUGCCGGGAGAGAUGCUGGAAGAAACUUCUUAAAUGACCGCGUCCGGCUGGCCGUGGAGCGUUUCUGGGUUGGGGAGAGGAAAGGAAAGUGGAAAAAAACUGAGAACUUCCUGAUCUCUCUCGCUGUGAGACAUGUCUGAGACUCCUGCUCAGUGUAGCAUUAAGCUCGCUCGUCCCCAGUCUUCUCCAGGAAGAAAACUUGAUUGUUUGCACUCAUCCUGGCAUAAAAAUGGCAGGCUUAGCAAGAGCGAAUUUCAUACACACCACCCGAGAGCCCGGUGCCCAGUUACGCUUCCUCGACUCCACUUCAUGUUCCAGUGCCCAGAGCGCUCAGGAUGGAGGAAGACUCGAUCCGCCUGCCCGCGCACCUGCGCUUGCAGCCAGUUUACUGGAGCAGGGAUGACGUAGCCCAGUGGCUCAAGUGGGCUGAAAAUGAGUUUUCUUUAAGGCCAAUUGACAGCAACACGUUUGAAAUGAAUGGCAAAGCUCUCCUGCUGCUGACCAAAGAGGACUUUCGCUAUCGAUCUCCUCAUUCAGGGGAUGUGCUCUAUGAACUCCUUCAGCAUAUUCUGAAGCAGAGGAAACCUCGGAUUCUUUUUUCACCUUUCUUCCACCCCGGAAACUCGAUCCACACCCAGCCGGAAGUCAUACUGCACCAGAACCACGAAGAAGAUAACUGUGUCCAGAGGACCCCGAGGCCGUCCGUGGAGAACGUGCACCACAACCCUCCCACCAUUGAACUGUUGCACCGCUCUAGGUCACCCAUCACCACCAAUCACCGGCCGUCUCCUGACCCAGAGCAGCGGCCCCUCCGGUCCCCCCUGGACAACAUGAUCCGCCGCCUCUCCCCAGCCGAGAGGGCCCAGGGACCAAGGCUCCACCAGGAAAACAACCACCAGGAGUCCUACCCCCUGUCGGUGUCUCCCAUAGAGAAUAAUCACUGCCCACCGUCCUCUGAGUCCCACCAGAAGCCAUCUAGCCCCCGGCAGGAGAGCACACGCGUGAUCCAGCUGAUGCCCAGCCCCAUCAUGCACCCUCUGAUCUUGAACCCCCGGCACUCCGUGGAUUUCAAACAGUCCAGGCUUUCCGAGGACGGGCUGCACCGGGAAGGGAAGCCCAUCAACCUGUCGCAUCGGGAAGACCUGUACAUGAACCACAUCAUGGUCUCCGUCUCCCCGCCCGAGGAGCACGCCAUGCCCAUUGGGAGGAUAGCAGACUGUAGACUGCUUUGGGAUUACGUCUAUCAGUUGCUUUCUGACAGCCGGUACGAAAACUUCAUCCGAUGGGAGGACAAAGAAUCCAAAAUAUUCCGGAUAGUGGAUCCCAACGGACUGGCUCGACUGUGGGGAAACCAUAAGAACAGAACAAACAUGACCUAUGAGAAAAUGUCCAGAGCCCUGCGCCACUACUACAAGCUAAACAUUAUCAGGAAGGAGCCCGGACAAAGGCUUUUGUUCAGGUUUAUGAAAACCCCAGAUGAAAUCAUGAGUGGCCGGACAGACCGUCUGGAGCACCUCGAGUCCCAGGAGCUGGAUGAACAAAUAUACCAAGAAGAUGAAUGCUGAAGGCACCAGCCCCAUCUCAGCGGCCGCAGCCCAGGGCACCGCUGCCCCAGGACUGCUGAAGGCGGAGCAGGGGACUGCGGAGAGUAGGAGAGGACGAGGCCCGCAAUGGGAGUGACACUUCCCUUGCAAACCAGGAGGGACCCAGAGCACCUUAGACAAACCACCCAGCAAAGGCAGGGCUAGAAUUCUGGCCAGCGGCACGAGCCCAGGACUCGCGUUCACGUUGCCCCCUCAUUCGGAAUCUGUCCAUCUGCAAUUCCUCACCCUCGCCCUUCCACCUGUUGUCAGUUUCACGGUGUUUUUAUUUUUAUUUUUUUUAUGACCACACAGUUUGACUCUCAUCAGUCAUCUAGGGGAAGACAUGAGCUUGUUCUCCUAUGGAAAUAUUAUAUCUAUUAUAUAUAUUUUUUGCAAAUCUCACAAAGUGUGGCAAACCCAGCUCGUCAGGAAAGAGAAAACUUGCAAAAGGGUCCAGCUCCUCUUGCCCCGCCACGUGGAUCCAGUCUGUUCCUGUUGCUGUUGGAUCUUGGGAGGCAGGGGGCAGGGAAAAGAGGAUGCUUUUAAAAAAGAUAAAGUGAAAAAGGAGAGGUCUCUUUCUCUCUCCUGCUCUUUCUCCUUCCCUGCCUUCUCCGCCCCCCCCACCCCACCCCCGCUCCCCGCGCCCCCCUGGAGUCCAGCCUCUUGGAGAGUCUGGGUAGCAAUUGGCAUCUAAACAGAAUCAGUGGCCUGGGUGCUUUGGGGCCAACGCCGCUAAGUCAGACCCACAUCCUUGCACUUGGCCACCGUCCGAGGGAGCCCCAAACACCUGAGAGGCUGCUGUCCUCCAGGGAGACGGGUGUCCAUCCCGCAGACAGACACGGCGUGAGGGCCCCGCAGCUCAGGGUUCUACAGCCUCGGCCCAAGGUGGACGCUGCGGGUUAUUUGGAAGCCCCAGCACCUGGGAUCACAGUGGAAAACCCACAAAGGCCACACAGGCCUGAGGGUCCAGAAACGGAGUGAGAGCUCUGAGCUGGGACCUGUUAUCCCGAAGCAGGCCACGCAGGCAGGCAGGGUGCCUGUGCUCCAUCACGUGGUCAGUUCCAUGCCCUCACCUAACUUUUUUUUUUUUUUUUUUUUUUUUUGCAAUUUCUAGGCUUUUUAAAAGUUCCCCGGUCCCCAGAGGGCACAGGGCAUUGGAGAAGGAGGACCUUGGAAUGUGCAGUCUCGGUUGCUACCUGUGUUUGCCCAGCCUGGGCAGACAGCAAAUCCCUCAGAUACAGGACCGUUUCCUUCUGUCCUUCUUGCAUAGCUGUGCUGCAGAAUGGACCCAUCCGUGGCUCUUUUUCCCCUCAAAAUAAGAUCGAUUGUAUCUAGGAAAGUGAGGCUAGCGCCACCCCUUCGUACUUUUGAUAACAUUUUUAGAGAGCUGUUUAGAUUUGCUUUCCUUUUCUAGCCGUCAAAGUUCCCUCUUCCAAUACAGGUUCAGAAUCCAAUAUGAGGAGUACAGUGUGUUUUAAUUCAAAAGAUUGGACCUGCCUUACAAAGCACCCCCUCCUUCUUUCCCUCAGCUCCCCCAGGGUACGUAGGUGAUGGUCAGCAGGGGUCCCAGGUGAGGCUGCCAGACCCCGCCUCUUCUCCAGCCAUUAGACACAAUCCUUCCCCAGCCUCCUGACAAGGACACCAGUGGGGGCGAAGGGCACCAUAGGUUAAGGAUGGUUUCAGCACCGUGGACUUGAGGAGCUGAUCGGGGCUCUUUGUUCUUGCUCUGUUCCUGCCUCAGAUCAGACCAUAUGUAGACACACGGAGGUGGCCAGCCACGCCCACGUCACACACUCCCCCCACUCUAACUUGCAGAAUAUCAGGCUUGUGAUGAGGUCAGAGACCAUCUGUGGGAGGCUAGGGGCUCCCCACGGGGAGGGUCUGGUCUGAAUCGGUGUGGAUGGGGCAGUGCCGCUGGGUCCCAGCAGGCCACAGAUGUCUCUCAGGAGUGUGCAGCCGCACACCAGCCUCUGAGAUGACUGAUGUCUCUCCAAGGGGGAGAUGAAGCCAGAUACCUGGCGUGUUGUGUAAGCCACUGCGUUUGAGGGCUGGAGAAACAGGCUGGAUUUUCAGUGGGGCCCUUUGUGUGAUUAUGAAAUCAGACACCAGGGCAUGAUGCUCUUCCCUAAGAUGAGGAUGUGUCAUUCCGUCCACCUGACCCAGGUAGUGUGACUCAGGCUACUUUCCAGUCCAAGAAUCUUAUGGAUGAAUUAUGGAGGAAAAUUCCCUUUGGCCCCAAGGAUUUCUCUGUAUUUAAAGCAAUAUUCUCUAUGAAAAUGUAAGACCGGAUGACACCUUCAGCCACUUAAAGAAGAAAUAGAAGGUGCUAAUUCCAGUAUAGUCUUGAUUUCCCAUUCAGGUAUUUAUUACCAAUAAUGAUUUUCUAUUGAUUUCCCUUAACAUCAAAGACCUUCUCAUCUGUUCUUUGAGAGAACACCUGGGCAGUGCUGACACCAGGGGUACCGUGCUCACACAUGCAGAGCCCAAAAGUUUCAGAUUGAAUGUAGCCAGCCUUCAUGAAGCACCUGUGAGACCCGUGAGGGACUCAAAAGUGAAUCGGGUACGAUCCUGCCCUCUGAAAGCUUGCUUUCUACCUGCAGAAUCCAUCCAGCAUGACAUGUCCCACUUCAACACUACAUACCAAGGGCGGUGAACAUUACACCUGGGACCAAGUUAAAAGCACGUCUGUGAUCUACACAGUUGGUCUUUCCCUGCAGCCAUCAUGGGAAUUAUUGGCUUGCGAGAUCAGAACUUGGGAAAGGAAAAUGCAGAGGAAGAUUACCUAGGGGGAGGGGAGCUUUCUCCAGCAGUGUCCGGAAUAGGCACGCUCACUUGGAUCUUGAAAUUCUCUAGCAUCUCCUCCCUGCACUUUGAGUUACUCAGGCUGCCUCCUCUCCAUCGGAAGGUAGCAGUGGCGAAGGGAUGGACUGGCUGUGUGGAAGUAACAUGAUCUCUAAGAUCUUUUUGUACUAAGGCAACAUGGCCUGGCCUAAGGCAGCAUCACCGAUGGUUCAGAUCAUGGGAGAGGGGUGGUCUCACAGGAAAAGAGGAAUAACAAACUUAGGAUAUGCUGCUUUCAACAGUAUCUUUGGAGCCUCUGAUCCAUUGCCUUCUGACACUGAGGGUGUAGAUUUAGCUGACACUUAAAGGCUAUGGCAAGAUUUACCUAAAUGACUAAGUCGGCACCAUUUCCACCUUUCCCUGCCUAGGUUCCAACUCUGAAAACAUUUUUGAAAUAUUAACUCCUUUUGCAGAGGGAAACCUGAGUGUUAGAGAGGUACUAGGACUUGCCCUAGGAGCAGACAGCAUGCCAGGGACGGAGUUAGGUUUGGGAUCCAGCCCAAUCAUACCCCCCAUUUGACCCAUUCCCACCCAGGAAGCUGAAGAUUAAAGGUCUGGGAAAAUACACAAAGAACAAAGGGCGGUUUUCUUCGCCCAGGCAUUCCAUUCGGUGCUAGUUAGUUUUCACCUGCUCAGCCUGCUCCUCUCUGGGCAGAAGCCUGGAAUGAAGGAAGUGACAAGAGGAAGCCAGCACAGGGGAGGGAGGGGACACAAUGGUCCCUGCCUGUCUAAAACCCCCAAGACUAACCUGAUACUCUUGGCCCCAUCUGCAUCAACACUAACAGCUCCGAACUCCCUGGAUCUUUCACACACGCCAAGUGAACAUUCUUGAAGGUUCCUCUUUGUGACUGCAACCACCUGCAAACCCAAAUGAAUCUAGAAUUUCUUUUUUGUUUUCUCUUUUUGUUUGUUUAAUUUCUAAUCUCUUGUUUAUGAGGUGUGGGGUUUAUAAGGGACAGAAUCAAAUGAAUGUAACAAAAAAGAAAAAAAGAAAAAAAAAUGCCUUUUCUCAGGGCCAGUGAGUUGCAAAUAAUUUUUAAAGAAAAGCCUAUAAUUGCAUCAUCUCAAUAAAUUUUUUAUUUAAAAAAAAAAAAAGGUCCCAAGUGUCUAUUUUAAUAAGAUGAAAUGGAGUCAGAGGCAAGGUGCCCCGAUGAGGUAAAUCCUGUCUCCGCUCAAUUGUGGUAUAAAGUGCAGUCACGGUUUUCACUGGCAGGAAGCCUCUGUCACAGGGCCGUCUGCAGGCGAUCUUCAGCCCUGAAAGGUCAUGGCAGACCGUUUAGAGCUGAGCAGCUGGCCCAGGUGCAGAAAUUUGCCAGGAGGAACCUCGGUCAGAGAUGCUCAGGUCCUGUGCUGUGCCAAAGACUUACCAGUUCACUGGCGACCCAGGCAAUUCCAAGAGCUAAAGGGCCUCAGGUCUCUUCACAAUAGAUCUGCGCCCUAAUCCUACUGAAGUCAUGGGUGUGAGCCUACAGCUGGUGAGGACACACAUGUGAGUCGAGCUCAUACGUAUACACUGGACCAUAGUCUUUAUUCAGCUCAGAGCUGGCCCCAUGCUCAGAACGUCCCGGCCACACUGACCCAUGGAGCCACCUGCCAACUAAUAGACACUUAGGAUGGCAACAGCAAACGAGCAGAACUACAUUGGCCGUCGGUGGUGGGUAGAAACUAAAAGAAGAAUGGAAAAUUAAGCAAGUGUGGUAAAGACCCGGGGAAGGGGAGGGAUGCUGAGUGGAAGGGGUCAAUGGGAGGAAAAAAGGGACAUCUGUGAUACUCUCAACAAUAAAGAUAAUUUUUUAAAAAAAGAAAAUGAAGCAAAUUAUGCUUUGUUAGCAACUCAGAUGUAGGUGUGGGAAGCAGAAGUUUGACAUCAAUGGUCUCAGAGAACGUUGUUAGCUUAUUUCUGUAUGUAAGUUGUCCCAGAUACUCUGACCCCCUUGACCUGGGAUUGAAGGCUGGACUUUGUCCUAUCUGCUGUAUUGUCAGAGCACAGCAUCAAAUAAUAAGGGUCUAGGCGUUUCCUGUGUGCUAAGAAUGCAUCUGAAGCUACUCUUCCUGUAACCUAGCAUUAGCAUCACCUUGGAAUUGCUAGAAAUGCAAAACAUCAGUUCCCAACUGCCUGAGAUGUUGACAUAAGCUGAACCAAAAACUUGGGCGGUGGGGCUUAGCAAUCUGCUUUAACAAGCUCUCCGGGUGAACAUGAUACACACUAAAUCGUGGGAACCACUGCUAGCAUCAAUUUGUUCAUCUUGGUACGAAAAGCACUAUGUGGCCAUUUAAACAGGAUGCAGAAUAAUUGACGAGAACUAAUUUGCAUGAAUGGUACGCACAAUAACACUGCAUUCUCCUAAUACUAGAUACACCGUGGAGUGAGGCUAAAUGGACACAGAAUCACAUGCCAGAGUCCUCUUCUUGCUUCCUUCAAACCCUUUAAACAAUGCUUUUGCUAUAAAAAUGAGCUGUUUUAAAGGGUGACUCUAACAGCUGACCUGCCCUUGCAAAUUAGAGCAUAGCAAUUUAUUCGCUUAUGUCCCUGUAUCUGCCUAGCCAGCCUAACCUGAAAAGAAAAAAAGGACCAUUCUCAUCUGCUGACUGACCUUGGCUGGCUGUUCCUGGAAUCACUAAGUGGAGCCCAGGUGACCACGUACCCAGGGCAUUUGCAGGGACUGCAGAACCACGAGGCUAGACCAGUGCUUCUCACACCUGGAAGGUGCUUGUCAAUCAGCUAAGGAUCUUGAUGCAAAGCAGGAGAUGCCAGUAAUAUCGCCAUCUUGGGAAAUAGGGCAGAAGAUCUGCUCUUCACCUGCUCAGAGUGAAGCUUGGGAGUCAGCAUUUCUAACAAGUCCCCCGGUGAUGUAAUGCUGCUGGCCCUCAGACCACACUUUGAGUAGCAAUAGUCUAGUGCUCUCCCGUCGAAUCCUGAGAUUCUGACCCAAAUGCAAAACUGAGCUAGCCUCUCUCUUUGCUGUAUUUCUUUGCCAGUUCCGCCAAGAAUAAUUCCAGGGGCCAAUCCUGUUCUGGGAGAAGAUUGCUUGUUCUCCUAUUAGGGCAGAAACAGGAAUAAAUUUCAUGAUCAAAAGCCUCUUUGCCAAGUGAAAGAACCGCUGUUCAUGAACUAGGCCUUAAUGCUGGUGCUCCUACCAGCUGCCUCACUGUCACCAUCCUGACUGGAGGGAGUGAAGGUUCCUGGCGUCAAUGCCUCUCCUAGAAAGACCAGCCUUGACCCCUGUACAGAGAUAGAAAGCUGAUUAUUCCGUUCUUGUCUUUCCAAAAGACAACAGGGUAGAUGCGCAGCUCUUCCAUCCCAACUGCCUGAGAUGUUGACAUUCAAUGGGACAAUCUUGGAACAGUGUCCUCACUGUCAGUGCUUACAGAUUUCUUCUUCUUCUUCUCCUUCUUCUUCUUCUUCUCUUCCUUCUUCUUCUUCUUCUUCUUCUUCUUCUUCUUCUUCUUCUUCUUCUUCUUCUUCUUCUUCUUCUUCUUCCUCUUCCUCUUCUCCUUUUGUAAAUUAAGGAUCUCAGCCCUGCUAUAUUGGAGAAGUGGAUCUCUGCUCAUAAAAAUCAAGUAAAUUCUGCCUAAUCUCAUUCAAGGCAGUAGAAGACUAUUCUCUUGUUCCUCAAACCCUCUUAGCAACACUUUUGCCAGCCUCUGAGGGUCUCUGUGACUUUCCCUUCAACCAGAGUUUUGGUCAUGAGAUCCCAUGUUGGACCACCUGAGCCAAUCUUUGCUUCCUCCAGGGGCCCUGACAGCACCACGCAGUCCCCUUGGUGUCUCAACUACAAGUGCUUCUAUAAAAGCAACAAAUGCCUGCCUUUGAUGGAUUGCUCAUGCUUCUGUCCCCUAGAGCUCUCAGAGGGGAGGAGCCUGGCACAGGUGUAUCUUAAUGGAUAUGUCGAAUGAAGAAGUGAAGUCAACGAAAAUCUCGGUGGCCUUAGGUUACAGAAAAAUUUCUAGAUAUGACACCAAAAACACCCACAAAAGAAAAAAAUUUGAUAAAUUGGACUUCAUCGAAAUUGAAAAUUGCUCAUCAAAUAAUACCAUUACGAAAAUGAAAAGACAAGACACAGACUGGGAAAAGUGCAUCUCUUUUAUGUAGAAAAUAAGAAAUGUAUUAUAUGCACUGAACAUGUCUUCACAUUUUUACUUUGUCUGAAACUAUCUUGAAAGACAGUUAUCUUUCCAUUCAGAACUGGGUGAUGUUAGUUACUAACAUAGAAAAAAUAAAGAUAUUUGCCUGGUUGAUGUGCUCAGUGGUUGAGCAUCGACCUAUGAACCAGGAGAUCCCAGUUUGAUUUCUGGUCAGGGCGCAUGCUUGGAUUGCUUGAUAUCCAGUAGGGGAUGUCCAGGAGGCAGCUGUUCAAUGACUGUCUCUCAUCAUUGAUGUUUCUAUCUCUCCCUCUCCCUUCUUCUCUGAAAUCAACAAAAAAAUAUUUUAAAAAUGAUAAAUAUAUGUCUACUAUAAUAAAACCAUCUUCAAAAAUGUGUUUUAACAUUA